CCAUUCUCGUUCCUAGUAAUUAAAACUACUAUUUUAGUACUAAAUAUAAUGUAAUUAAUGUUUGUCACCGGCUGAUGUUAAAUAAAAAAAGUAAGCUGACGUCAAGCAACAGCAGAAGUCCUAACCAACAAAAUAACUGCAGUGCUUGCUGAAACUAAGCUUAACAGUUAACACAGACAGCUAGAGCCAGCCAAACAGCCAAAGGCAGGCUAGCAGACAACACAGGGUCAUUGCGUUAUGGAGAGAGAGCGUGAAGUGUUUCAAAUUUUAUAAGCGGAAAAGAAAACAUUUUGUACUUCCUUGUUACAUAAUGCAUUCCGACGACGUUGCGAGAGGAGCAUCAGGUCUGUCAGUGCUAUGAACCAUGAAUGGAGGAUGCCAAAACCACAAUGAGAUGGCUCGCAAGCGCUGGAAACUGCUGGCAAGAGCUUUGCACCGCAAUAAAGAAGAAACAGACCAACUUUCUGAAGAUAUCAUAUCCGUCCGAAGAAUAACCAGCUUUGGUUUAAUGAAUUUACGCCAAUUAGAAAACAUAUCAAAUGAUCUUGAUGCUCUCUGGUUUGAAUAUUCAACUAACAUUCACCAGGAAACGUUCUCAUUAAAGAUUCGCCACUUGAUAAAAAUGAUUACUCCUGUUGAGUUGAUGGGAUUUAACAACACGGGAAACGUGUGUGUUUGGCCCUCAGAAGAGGUUUUGGCAUACUAUGCACUAUGUAACAAGGAAGCAUUUGAUGGGAAGACAAUUCUAGAGCUCGGUGGAGGUAUGACCUGUCUUGCUGGACUGCUCAUCGCAAAAUAUACACAAGCCUCAAAUGUCUGUCUUACGGAUGGGAACAUAUCAUCUGUUGCUAAUGUACGUAAUAUCAUGGAUGAGAAUGGAUUCAAAGAUUCGUCAAGGAUAUCGUGCGCUGUUUUGAAAUGGGGCAACAUGGGAAAAUCCAAAACCUUGUAUGACAUCGUCUUGGCUGCUGAUUGUCUGUUUUUUGAUGAUGGUCGGUCUGACCUGGUUACCACCAUGUGGGCCUCUUUGGUUGAGAAUGGCCAAGCUUUGGUGACAGCACCCAAGCGAGGAACCACUCUUAAUAAGUUCAAAGCUGAGGCGGAAGAAGUGGGCUUUGUUUGCACGAUUUUGGAGUACUACAACCAGCAGAUAUGGGAUCGCCAUUUGCAAUUGAAGGCAGGCAAUAUAAACUACGAUGAAGAUAUUCAUUAUCCUAUUUUGUUACAUCUACUGAAGCCGAAAUCUCAAUGAUCUAUUACAUUUAACACUAUGAAACGUAAAAGACAAAUAAUAGUAUAAGAAAAUUAUGAGUCCAAAAGCACGAUAUUUAGAUAUCAAUUUGUCUUAUAUAGUUAAAGUGGUCUUAACUUUAGUGCCAAAACCAGUCAGUAUUGUUGUUUAUCCAAUUCAAAUCUAGUCUUCGGAUAGUUGAAUAUAUUUGUUAUUGUAUUUAUACACUAUUGUUGUUAUUGUUAUUACUUUUGUGUUUAACUUGGAUUUAUUGGUGAGAAUCAGAAUUUCUUUUAAUCAACUUUAGGAAAUAUUCUUUAUAUAGGUUAGUGAGGAAAAUUAUUUAUUUCACUGCUUACACAGAAUGUUUUGAUCAUAAUAUGUUUUACAUUAAUAUGAAAUUCUUUGAGAAAUGGAAUGUUUUAUGCGUUUUUGAUUAAUUUAUAUUAUUUAUUUCUAUUCAGUUAUUGUGGUUGGAUAUUUUGUGCUUUAAAUAGUUAUCAAUAGUUUUAUUUUUAAGCUUAAGUUUAUUCUAAUGAAAUUAACACGUUCGCUCCCACAUUGCAAAAUAAUUUGCCUUAAAAUUAGUCCAAAUCUAUGCAACAUGGUUUUCACCAGAGGCAAGUGACAUGUACUAGUUGGUAUCAUUCAUGUACAAAUGUGUACCAGUAAAUUGUUGGUACCCGUAAAUAAAUAUAUGCGACUGACUCUCUUAACUGAUAAAGUUAUUUUAAUGUGGUAUAUUGUGAGGGUGUGAGACUUUGUAUAUGCUCUACAGAGUCAUGUAGCCAACUUAUGUACUGUACUUGGUUUCUUACUGUUGUGUUUAAACUUGUAAUUUGGUCUUGCAAAUUGGUGAAAUUGUUAUUUACUUUCUUGUUACAGCUAACCCAUUGUUGAUAUAAUUUUAACCUAAAUGUAUGAAAAGUGAUUUCCUAAAUUACCACCUACAUUUUUAUAAUUACAGCUGAUUUAUGAGGCACAUAAUAUUUCAGCUGUAGUCAGUAUAUCUUGUAUCUUGGUAAAGUCUUUAUUAUUUAAUGAUGUUCAAAUGAAACAAACCACCCGGCACGUACACUGCAUAUGCCAUCUGGGAGCGAAGGUGUUAAUAUUAAAAUGUUUAUCGCAAUUUAAAACAGUUGGAGGUUUUCGAAACUACAUAUUCAAGCCGAUUUUGUGGCUGUAUUACGGUGCUAGUCUCAACAAUUAACAUAAUAUGGUUAAAAAAAUGAAUUCUUAACUUUAAAAAAAUAUUAAUUUAAAUAUGCAUUUGCAAAAGUUAAUUCUUAAAUUUAAAAGAAUAUUAACUUAGGUAUUUAUUUGCAAAAGUUUAAAAGAUCCAAGUUAAACAUUGUUAUUUAAAUGUUACGUUACUAAAUCAUACUAGUCAUAUCUUGUCAAACAUGGUAUUAACAUAUCUUGUAUUAACACUUGCAGUAACUAUACUAUUACCAAACGUUACUGAUACCCAUAUUAAAUGUUGUAUUGAUUUUUAGCCAACUUAGAUUGGGAGUUGUCAUUUUUUAUAUAAAAUAUGACGUGUUAUCUUCAUCAUUUACAUUAUUAUUGAAACUUAACAUUUUGGUUUCAAUUGUUUAAAUGUUGAAGAUGAAGAUUAUCUUAGUUAAAUACUUUACAGUGGUUGGGUAGGACAGCUUUAUUGUGGUAACUUGACGUAAUGAAAAUGGACAAAUUUGAAAUGAAAUAAAAUGUUGAUGUUAAAUAUUACUGGAAUGUUUGCAUGAUUGUUGUUAUGAAGUCAAAAACUUUUUAUUCCAUCUUAGAUGUUUCAAACAUCAUUAAAGAUAUUUUUAUAACCAUGCGCAGUGUUGUCCCCCCACCACUGUUAUAGACGUGUGAAGCUAAACGGCUCUCCCUACAUUCCCCUUUUGCGACAUUAACAUUGAAACUCUCCUAUUUUAGUAUUUUAAGACUAUUGAGAUAUCCUGAAUGUUAUCUCCUUCCUGUUCCUAUUUUAUAUGUAGUCCAUUCCAAAUCCUUAUAAAAUAUUUUAUCCUAGUGAUUUCUGAUAGCAUGUUAUUAGUGUGUCUAUUGCAAUAUUAUAUUCUACUGUCUCAUUUUCCUUGCUGAACAAGCUUUGUAUAAUUUCAAUUACAAUAAUUAAAAUACAGGGAAUAAAGUGUGUACAUGUGUUCCUUUACUAUAAACAUGUAAAACAAGUGCCACUAUACUGUGUUGUACAUGACAAUACUUUGUAAAAUUUCAGGCCUAAAUUUAAUAUUAGAAUACCUCUUACAAUAUUGUUGUAUUGUUUUUUUUUUUCUAAAUUUCUUUAAUAACGAUUUAAUUUUUCUUUAAAGUAAAAGUAAAUUACAAAAAUGAUUUGUAGUAAAACUGUGUGUGUGACAAGUAGGUUUCUAAAAACUCAUUGUCAAAGAUAAUAUAAAGAUAACGAUUUUAAAACGCCUUUUGUCAGUAUUUAGACAAGAUAUAAAGUUUACACUUGUAAAAUGCUCCAAUUUAACAUUUUUGUAAAACUUAAAAUAAAAACUGUGUUUGUUAUAAAUUAAAGAAGUUUAUAAAUGUUUUGUGAAAUAGUGAUAAUAUACUAUAUUCCUUCUUUUUGUCAGAUGUCAGAAAAUUAUUUAUUUUUCAAGUAGUAUAGUUUUCUUUAACGGUCCAUUAUGUCCUAAUUAGUAUAACAAAGUCUAAAGAUGCCUAAAAACAAGUAUGGCAUUAAUAAAAUGUCUUCAUUUUAAAAUGGUUUAAAUUAAACUGUUAUGUGUAUUGCAGUUUUUGUGUUUUAAGAUAAAUAUUGCAUUACUACUACUGUAUUUUCCAUAUGUCUCUUUAGAGGUGGCCAGUAUUUACAAGAAUGUUUAACAGAAUAAUGUUAUAAGCAGAAAGAAAUUCCAACAACUCCUACUACAAAAACUUAAUUUUUAGUAUAUGCUUGAAUUUGUUUUACAAAUUUUUUACACCUAAGGAAGAAGUAGAUUUAAAUUUUUGAAAUGUAGUGUUACAUAUGUUUUAACUUAUUGAACGAUGACAUCUCUCAGCAUCCUGCUAUAUUUUUUAACUAAAUAGUGAAAAUAACAUUUAUUUGAUUCCUUUAAAGAAAUUUUAAUUUGUUGUUUAGUGAGAGGAAGAAGAGGAGAGUAACUCUUAAUACUUUAUUUCUGGGAGUGACUUAAUAACAUUAGGAUGAAACAAAUUUAUCUUUAAAAAUGUUGACCAUUCCAUCCAAGAUUUAUUACAGGUUUAUUAUUUUAAUUUUUUAAAUUUAUCUUCCGUCUAUUGAACAAAUGUCAUUGUUUUAACUGGUGCGGUAGAAUUCUUAUCUUGUUAUAGCAGGUUUUUAAUUUGUUCUGAAACUAUUUAAAAUAUUCUUUGUAACAUGUAAAUUCUGAUGAAGAAAUAUAUUCUUGUAAAUAAAUUAGUUGAAUCUAUAAUUUAAAUGUUAUGUUCAUACAAUGAAUCAAACAAUUUAAUUACCCUCCCUCCUCAUAAUUAUUAAUGAGUGAGCAAUCUUUAAAACACAGGAGAACAAACUCUAGGUAUAUAUUGUUGUUAUGGUUUAUUACUUAUUUGUAAAAUAGUUUUAAACAUGUUCCUUAUUUUCCACAUUGUGAAAAUGGUCAAUUAUGUGUGGGUCCCAUAAGUUUUUCAAUCAACAAAACAAGUUUUUCAACUGUACAAAAAAAUUAAUUUUUUUGUUUAGUUUCUUACCACUUAAACAUUUUAUGUAUACUUCGUAUGGGUAUAGUGUAAUUUAGCUGCAAGUUUCAGAGUAUCUGUAAGCAGAUUACCUUCUAAAAUUUACAUUUAGAAUAAUCUUAAAAAAAGUUGAAAAUUGUUUAGUGAGAUGCUUCUCUACUGUCAUAAAAUUUAUGUAUUAAAAUCGAUCGAUCUAUUCUAUUAACAUUUGUUCUAUUUCAUGUUUUUGAUGUUUCAAACAUUAAUAUGUUUUGUGAAUUUUCGUGGGUUUUGAAAUUCCUUGGUGAAUUCUGGCCAUCUUCUGUUUAGGUGUAACCUUUAAGUUAUGAUCACAAUAUUCACAGGAGCUCCUUCAGGUUACCUGAAUACAGUUUUGUUCAUGCAUGCCUGUGAUAAAAAGAGAUAAGGAUAAAGCUAGAUUGACUAUGUAUGGCCAUUAACAGCUGCAUCUAGAAAUAUGAGUAAUUAAAGUAAAAUUUUGUCACCCAUUAUGACGUUUAUCACAGAAAUGUGAUUUUAUUGAUUAUAAUGAUUUUAUUAAGUUUUACUUCUAUUUAUUUAUUGUACUAACGACCAUUCAGUAAGUGUGAUAUGUUUUGGCUAUUAGAUUAUAUUACUGCGUUCAUAUAAUGCUCAAUUCUAAUUUACUCAGUUGACAAUAUAAGUAUGUCUUGGAGGAUUGGAAUAAAUUUUUAAAUGAUUGAAUUCCACAUGUUUACUCAUUGACUGCGGCAGCACAGAAUCCGCAGUGAAGGUGUGAGUUAUGCUGUAAGUGGAAUUGUUUGGCUGUCUCCGUAAAAGGAGCUGGAAAUAAAUAGAACAUGUAUUAUGUAUUUGGUUAUACAUGAUUUAUGAACAAAUACAGGGUAGUUCAAGGAACAAUCUGUUGAGCUUCUCGGGUAACCUGAAAUAACAGAAUAAGCUUUUAAAUACAGUAGAUGGGUGAGCUAGCUUUUCCAAAGCUUCUUUAGAUGCUCUUGUAGAUUUUUCGUUCUAGAAAUCUACCCUGAAGCACCAUAGGUAGUAUAAAAAGUUAUUGCUUGUGUAUAAAUCUCUAUCAUGAGCCUUAGUUUGAAGUAUAUAUCUCUGCUGUAAAGUUCCAACCCUCAUUACGGUAUGAGUUGAGACAAGGUUCAACUCUUGUACAAAGAUCUGACGACAAAUGAUGCAAAGUUUUGAGCAUUCUUCCUAGGCUAUGGAAUGUGCUAGCUUGCUCUAACUUGAGACUAUAUUAAUUUGCCAUCAUGUCAUAUGAAUUGAAACUAUGACGAAAAAUGUUGUGUUAACUGUAGUCAUUUUUAUGUUGUGUUUAGAUGUAAUUUUUGUGCCCUUUUUCUCAAAAAAGACCAAAAAUAUUGUUGAGGGUGGUAGUGAUCAAUAAAUUCUGUCACCAAUUUAUUUUUAAUAUAUGCUUGUAUUGUUAUGUCAUAGAGCCCUAAAGUAAGAUAUCAGUCUCAAGUCUCAGUGUGUACCUGAGAUAGCAUUGUCUAAUUUCUAUGUCUGUUGGAAUAAUUUAUAUUACGAGAUUUCAAUUCACAGAAUAAAUUUUAAACAAUUUUAAAAGAAAGGUGGUUACUAUAUGUUUUUAAACUUUAUUAAAAAUAGUGUUUUACUAAAACUCUUAUUUUUAUAUUGAUUGAAUCUUGGUAAAAUGCCAACUAUAAAAUUUAUAUAAAUAAUGUUAUUCGAUUGAAAUAAAUCUGUAAGUGUCCGCAUAUGUUUUUUAUAAAGCCCUGAAUUGUGAACUUUUCCAUUGUGUUCUCAUGAAAACCAUUUAAAUUCUCCCAAGAACUAAUUUCUACUAAUUUUCUAGUAGUUAGAACUAUAGCAAUUCAUGAAUAAAGGUAACUUAGAUUGACAAUUGUAUCAUUUUUAUGUAAAUUGUCAAAUGAAGAAUAAUUUCCUGAACCUUAGCUAGUAACUGAGGAAAAGCAGACAUUUAUAUGCAGAUUUAUUGAUCACUCUUCCCUGUAGUACUUCUCAAAUAAUGUUCCUGCAUGUUUCUUUAAUUUUGUUGUUAUGACUUUAGACUCUUAGUUAUAAGUGUUGAACUAUUAAUUGCUUGUUGGUCCCCAGAAACCUGGUUAAAUACCAGUUCAUCUUUGAGUAGGCCAGAAGAAUUUUAUUUAAAAUUUUUAAAUAUUAAGGAGAAGAUUAAAAAUUCUGUAACACUUAAAGUGAUUAAACAUUGAAAGUGAUUGUAGUUUAGUCAAUAGUAAUAGCUUAGAAAAGGGACCAACACAUUUGUAAGUAGAACUGAUUGCUGUCAUGUAUUUUUUAAUUUUCCUUUGGUAAAAUGUAUUUAUAAAGGCUAAUCUCUUUUAUAAUUAUACAUUUUUAUAUUCUGUAAUUACUCAAAUAAAAUAGGUAAACAUCAUAUGGCCAUGAAGUAGCGCACUUACUAUUACUCUAAUUUAGUAAAAUUAUCCAGUAUUUAUAAGGUAUUAUAAAACAUCAUGAAUGUAACUGAAACAUAUUUACAAUUUGUAAAACAGUUUUUAAUUCAUUUUCAAAGAUUACUGAACUUAUCUUAUUUGGUAGGUUUAUAUGUGAUAUCCUAAAACUAUUCGAAUUUUAUUAAAAAAGUAAAAGAUUAUUUUUGCAUUUUCUGAAAAUAUAUAUGUUACCAAAGGAAAUAAAGAAUUUUUAAAACCAUUGUGGGUAAAAUUUAAUAAGUGGUAACUAUAAACAAAGUUUAUCAAAUCAUGAUUAAAAAUUUGUAUUCAUGUCCUUACGAUAUGGUUAAAGAAUAAAUAACUAACAUUUUGAUUGUUUAUAUUCCUCAGUGACACAGUAAUGAUAUAUCAGUGACUCGGCAUUGUUAUGGGUAUUUUACAUAUCAAGUAAAAUAUUUUAGAUAUUUAUUAUUCCUCUAACAUUGUGUCCUAAUUUUAGUUCCUCUCCCUUUCCAUGUGUGAUGUUCAGUAUUGGAAGUUUUUGUUGAGUAUUUACUCUCACGUAAUUAGUGUUCAAUGUGUUACAGUUUUGUAAUGUGUUUGUCAUUGAAAUUAGUAUUUAGACAUACAUGUAGAUGUGUCCACUUGGUCUUCUUUGCCAAAAAACAAUGAGCAAUUUAAAUAAACAAUUAUGCUGUUUACCAGUUUGUAGAUUUAAUCUGCAGAUAAAAACAAAACGGAAGAUAAAAUCCCUCUGUCAUCACAAUUACUCUAACAUUAGAUUGAGAGCGUCUCUGUAAUAAAUUGAAUUCCUUUACUCUGUGUUGGCAGCACUCAACUUGUAACAUCGUUUGUUGUACAGAACAUGUCUUUAUCAAUCUUAAAAUAUUGUGUAAAAGUUUUCAAUUUGAGUUGGAAAAUAUACUUAUAUAUAAUUUUUAAUCAGUAUUUACAAACUAAUAUAAUAAAUGAGUUGGAUAAUAAAAAUAAAAAUUUGAUUAUAUUAAUUAAAAAACAAAUCAAAAUGUUAAUGAGUAGCAUAUGAAAAAUAAUAUACCUCUAAAUAAAAAAUAAAAUUCUACGUAACACAUUAUCCAUUGAUUGGCCUGAUGAUUAAAACUGUUUUACCCAUUGUAGUGUGUGAAGUGGUUAGAGAAGACAGUGAGAAGAAAAGAAAAGUCCAAACUGACAAUGGCUAAAAAAAUAGUGUUAAAAUUUCCUACAUUAGUCAGAGAUUGUGCUUGACUAACACAGAGUUAAAGGAGGUUGCCUACAAGCUAGAUGAUGCAGCUGACGGUAGAAAUAUUUGGCACGUCUUACAUUGACAGCGGUACAGGGGUACAGGCAGUGUUAGACUUGGAUACUAGAUCUGCAGUGUUUUGACAGAAGGCAUUGUGUUUAGUCAUCAGCAUCUCAGUAAACUCCAUUAAGGCACUACUUACAGUUUGUUUCCUGUCAUAAUAUGAAACCAGUCAUGUACACCAGACAAAGAAAAUGAAGUGGACACAAUUGACGCGUUGUUUGUUGAAACGCAGCUUAACUCAAUAUCAGGCAGCUCAACAAGUUGUGAAUAAGUGCCAGAAAUGAUGUUAGUGCCAUUAUAUAUUGCUGUAAUCUUAUGUGAUAAACUGUUAAUAUAAUCUAGUCUACCUUUGCAUACAGGGAGUAGGUGUUAGUGUAGAGUAUGCAGCACAGGAUCUACAUCUUGUGUCGAGGCUGUUGUAGAAACGUUGUGCGUGAUUUAGAGAUCUAUUUGUGUGAAGAGCGAUGGUUGUAACAAUUUUAGUUGAGAAUUAUUAUUUUUGUAUUGUAACAUCAAAUACUGUUUAAAAUAUACACCAUUUUGUAAGCGAAACACUGAAAAUGCUGUAUUUUUAAGUUGGUUCUAAAUUUGAGCUUGUCUCGUUCACAUAUCAUAUUGUAGUAUAACUUAUGUGAAAUUAACUCAGAUCGGUAAAUAAAAAUGCCUUCCAUUUUCAUAUGGUGGUGGUCGUAGACCAACUUUUAUUAAAUUGGAAAAUGUUCUUCCUUAUUGUAAAUUCAUGUUUGACCUGUUCUGUUACAAGGGUGGACAAGUGCCUUGUUCUGUUGUAACAGAUUUAUUUAUUAUGUAUUUAUAACAUAAUUUGAAUGUUUAAAACUGUGUUUAAAUAAAAAAUGAGAAAAUGCGUAAUAUGCGUACUUUGUAUUGACUGUUACAUUAUGUGUUUGAAAAAAUAAAGUAUAUUAAAAUUAUAUGAGUUAAAAUCAGCAGCAUAUAUGUAAUCACUAUAUAUUACAGAUGCUGCAACAUCUGCUGAGUUGGUUAUAUUAAUGUUUUAAAAGAUAUUCCAAAACAUUUAUUAAACAACAGAUCCAUAAAAUAGAAUUCUCGCAAAGCAGUUGAUGUAUAAAUAGAUAGUAAUUGGCAUGUUUGUUUGAAACAACAGCUAGGCACUUGUUUGCCAAUCAACAGUACAAUAUCGGACCGUAGCACUGGCUAUGCAAUGUGUGCCGUGAACCAGAGUGGAAUAAAUUAUUGUGAACUUCUGUUUA